ACGCGCAGUACCAGCCCCUUUCUAACAAAACACAACGCUGAACGUUUUCUUAGUAUCAAAGACGAUUAUCAAUAACAUAGAUCGACUCCGGAGCUCAAUGUGGAGAAAGAUCAUGGACCAGGAGGGAAUUGCAUGAGCUGGGAUGUACUUGAUGUGCUGCAUCACCGUUAAAGCUGUGUGAGUACUAAAUAGACUUGUCCAGGAUGGAAGCUUCCUGUAUAUUGCCUGUGCUAAAGAAGAAGCUGGCCUUUCUGUCAGGAGGCAAGGACAGGCGCAGUGGUUUAAUCCUGACCAUCCCACUAUGCACUGAACAGACCAGCAUGGAGGAGCUCAGCACCACACUGGACUACCUUCUUGGUAUUCCCAGCGAGAAAUGCAAAGCUCGAGGUUUCACAGUCAUCGUCGAUGGGAGGAAGUCUCAGUGGAAUAUAGUGAAGACUGUUGUUCUGAUGUUACAGAAUGUGAUCCCAGCUGAAGUUUCUCUUGUGUGUGUGGUGAAACCUGAUGAAUUCUGGGACAAAAAAGUGACCCAUUUCUGCUUCUGGAAGGAGAAGGACAGGCUUGGCUUUGAGGUGAUUCUGGUGUCUGCCAAUAAACUCACACGCUACAUCGAGCCAUGCCAGCUUACAGAUGAGUUUGGUGGGAGUCUGCUUUAUGAUCAUUUGGACUGGGUGAACAAACGAUUGGUCUUUGAAAAAUUCACAAAAGAAUCCACAUCUCUUCUGGAUGAGCUUAUCGUUAUCAAUGAAAAUGAGAAGGGAACCCAGGCAGAGAAGGACAGGUCUUCAGAGAGCAAUAUUCUGCCUUCAUUUGAUCCUGAAACGGUCCUUCAAACUGGACACGAGCUGCUCUCUGAGCUCCAGCAGAGGCGUUUCAAUGGCUCUGAGGGUGGAGGAGGUGGAGGAACCGCUUGGUCACCCAUGGACGAUGAGCUGCUCGCUCAGCCUCAGGUGAUGAAGCUCCUGGACUCUCUGAGGGAGCAGUACACAAAGUAUCAGGAAGUCUGUCGGCAGCGCAGCAAACGCUCUCAGCUAGAGGAAAUCCAGACCAAGGUCAUGCAGGUUGUGAAUUGGCUGGAGGGUCCUGGUACAGAGCAGCUCCGCACACAGUGGGGGAUUGGAGACUCCAUUCGCGCCUCUCAGGCCCUGCAGCAGAAACAUGAAGAGAUCGAGAGUCAACACAGUGAGUGGUUUGCUGUGUAUGUGGAGUUGAACCAGCAAAUCGCAGCGCUGCUGAGUGCAGGAGAUGAAGAGGACCUGAUGGAGCUCAAGGGUCUGCAGCAGCAGCUCAGUGACGUCUGCUACCGACAGGCCAGCCAGUUAGAGUUCAGACAGAACGUCCUGCAGUCUGCAUAUGAGUUCCACAUGACCGCACAAGAUCUAUCUCAGCAGUUAGAUGGGCUGUUGGGAAUGCUCUGUGCAGACGUUGCCCCUGCAGAUGGAGCUGCAAUCCAGCAAACUCUUAAACAUCUGGAGGAGAAGCUCAAGAGCGUAGAGAGUGCCUUGCAGACCUUGAGGGAAAAAGGCCAAGCACUGCUUGACCAGAUGUCCAACCAGACGUCUUUUUCCUACGGCAAAGAAGUAGGGGUUGAGAAUAAGGAGAAUAUCGACCACAUUCACAGCGUCAUGGAGGACAUGCAGCUCCGCAAACAGAGGUGUGAGGACAUGGUUGAUGUCAGGAGACUGAAGAUGCUGCAGAUGGUUCAGCUCUUCAAGUGUGAGGAAGAUGCUUCACAGGCAGUAGAGUGGUUGGGAGAGUUACUCGAUGCUUUGUUGAAGACCCACAUCCGACUGGGAGAUGAUUCACAAGAAACCAAAGUGCUGCUGGAGAAACACAAGAAGUUUGUGGAUGUUGCACAGAGCACGUAUGAUUACGGUCGUCAGCUGCUGCAGGCCACAGUGGUGCUGUGCCAGUCUCUGCGCUGUACCACUCGCUCCUCAGGAGACACGCUGCCCAGACUCAACCGCGUGUGGAAACAAUUCACCGUCACGUCUGAUGAGCGCCAGCACCGGCUGGAGAUGGCCAGCGCCUUCCACACGGCUGCUGAGAAGAUUGUGAGAGAGAGCCCAGAGUUGGCAGAGCUCCUUGUAGACGUGGAGGCUUAUGAAGAGGUGGAGACGCUGGGGAAAGGGCUACUGGACAGGCUCACUGUGCCAGUCAUUUUCCCUGAUGGGAGCGAGCAGUUUUUCGGUAGUCCGGGUGACAUGGCCUCUUCAGCCGAAAGUAUCCGUGAGCGAAUGAAGCUGGUGGAGGAGAAGAGGUUCCUGCAGGAGGAGGCAGAGCAGCGGCUGGAGGAGGAAGAGGAGACUCUGGAGGCAGAGCCCAGGGAGAGUUGAAGACCACUUACCCAUCAUGCCCUCCUGCAGGAAGCAGAGUUGCAGAUCUUCACAUGCUCGUCUGGUCUAGUCCAGAAGUGGCCCUGAACACCCGCCGUUUCUGUUGUCCUCCACCUCACCAAACCAUCUUAACUUACAGAGAGCAGUUAAAGACAGACUCCACAGCCUUGUGCUGCACUAAACAAGACCACACUACUAUGAACUCUCGCCCUCUUCUAAAGCUUUACCUGUCCAGUCUUUCUCCUCCCAGCGAGGCGCCUUGAGCUUGUAAUGGUGCUACUAAACCUGUAGAAUGUACAUAAGCGGCAUCUUUACCCCAUCUGUACCUGGUGCUCUAGAUUUGUAGGCCUUUCCUGACCGUAAGCAUUGUAUUUUCUAUUGUUUUCCUUCGGUUGCUUUCUGUUGAGGAUUACCAAGUCUUCUCUCUUGUGCCAGUAUGAAUAUCCAUUCGCAAGGCCUUUGCUGAGGAUGAUGAUGCAGAAGCAGUGUUGAAACUAGACUUGACGACACAUCAGAAACGGUUGUAAUUUAAACAAUGAAGGUACAAAAGAAGUCAAAUGUGAAACGCAACGGUUUCAUCUUAUGAAUUGUCAGUCUAUGCGUACGCUGCUUGCAUUAGGAUGCAUGUCGUUAAUAUUAAUUUCAUAUUUAUUUUCCUUCUUUUGUACCUUGCAUACCAUUUAAAUUGUAUAAUUGCUUUUUGCCAUUUUAAAGGCUAUAUUGUAUUUUAUGAAAAUAUAAGUUGUAUAAAAUAAAUGAAGAAACAAAUUGCGCCCACAACAGCAGAGGAGAGGCUUUCUCUUUUACUGUGUCAUAAAGCCUGCAGGUUUUACACUUUACAGGACUUUGUUACUGUAUGUUUGCUUUGCAUAAAUCUGCCUCAUAAUGUCCAUUGCUGUACAGGAACAUUCUAGCACCCGUUCAAUAAACAUGGGCAAUAUUA